AAGCUGAAACAGACGCUGGCUGAUGACGUCAUCACCAUGCGCCGCUCAUCACAAACAGCCACAGCUAUCAUUAACCAAGCGUGAGUAAUAUAUUUGGAGGUUUUUUGUCGCUUAAAAUGCUUAAAAAGAAGUCAAGUAGUGGCGAAAAGAAACGGAAACACGCCCCGACCGAUGAGCGGCAUCGUGGGAGUAAACGUAGAAGCGCCGACGGUAACAAAGAGGACUCUAAAGAUGAUCUCGCUGACCCAGACCUGGACAGGGUUGGCAGUGACAUUGAGGAAGGUGGGCUCGAUCUCGGGGUGCCAUUCCAGCCCAUCACCGCUUAUGUGAGCGACAAAAAGGAGAUGCUGGAGCAGUGCUUCCGUGUUCUGGGUGAGAAGAAACUACGCAGGAUGCUGCCAGAUGAAUUCAAGGACUUUAGCUUAGAGGAAAUUCGAAAACUGUGUUGGCAGCAACUGGAACCAAUUUCAGAGCGAAACGUUGUGCAGAUCCUAUCUGGGGAGCAAGUGACUGAAGAAAACAUCAAAAACACACAACAAUCCUCAGAAAUCCAACAAGAAAACAGCGUGAAAGAAGCAAGUGGUGACAUCACCAAGCAAGAGGCCAGUGCCUCCAGCGAGGACAGCGAUGUCCUCAGCAUCAACGCCGACACUAGUGACAUUGACGCGCCCAAAGAUGAGCAGCCAGUGGACAAAAACGCCGGCGUCGUGCCUCCACCUAAAACGGAGGCAAUCCAAAACGACAUCGACCGAAGCGUCAGCGAGAUAUUAGCGUCUAAGGACGAGGAAACUAAUAAAGAGAGCCGAGCAUUAUCCAUCCAGGACGUUCCGAACCGUGCCGUUGUCACAGCUAACAUCGCAACAUCACCGCAACAUCCGCCAUCGCUUCGGCAGCUGGAACUUCUUGAAUUGGAGAUGAGGGCGCGUGCGAUAAAGGCCUUAAUGAAAGCCAGUAAUGGGAAGGCAGCUAACCAGGGAUAAAAUGCUGCAUGUUUUCAUAGUGUUUAUCAAUAUGUAUCAAUACCGCCCAAAAAUGGGCUUUUAAGGCACCUCAGUUUGUCAACCUUUAUGCGUAUCAUCACUCCACCAUGUGGUUUUUUUUUGUUUUUAAAUCAAACUGUAAAUAAAUGAAACGCUAACUUGUA